AUGCGCAUCGCCGUACAUCUGCGAGAAGUGGCCAACAGCUGCCUUACCAGCAGCUUUAAAGAAGAUAGCUCACAGGGGAGAAAGGAGGAAGAAAACGGUGGAAGACAGAACGUUUGUGAUCGCGACACUGAACGCGGACUGACUCAUCGAGCAACCUAUACUGGCGGUGGACAAAACACACAAGUUGACAACAUCUUGUACAGGAGAAAGGAACUACUGAAAGUAAAGGACUGCUAUGUCCUACCAAAAGAAGUUGUGGCCAAGCAGCAUAAGCUGGUGGUCUUGGAGAAGAACCUGGAAGAGGAAGAGCAGAUGUGGAGUACAUUGAGUAGUGUAGUACAGGAAACAGAAGAAGUAUUAAGAUACAGAGAAGUGGCGAAGGCCAAAAGUAGAGCAUAUGAGGAUUUACAUAGCAGCUUAGAAGGGCAAGAUGGUCAGAGAAAAGCUGUCAGGAUAGCGAAACAGAAGAACAAGGAAGCACAGGACGUGUACCAAGCAGAAAGAGUGAAAGAUGGUGAAGGACAGGUACUAACAGAAGACAUACAGAUAAGGGAGAAGUGGAAGGAAUACUAUCAACAACUAAUGAAUGUAGAGAAUCCAAGAGUAGAAUGGGAUAUAGAAGCAGCAGAGGAAAGGGAGGUAGAGGAAGUGAGAGAAGAACAGGUGACAAUGGCUGUGAAAUGGAUGAAGACAGGAAAAGCGGUAGGACCAGAUGACAUACCAUUGGAAAACGGCAGUAAGGUGGCUAACGGAAAUGUUCAGAAAGAUCAUAGAGAUGAAACAUAUGCCAGAUGA